CGCCGCGGCCCGGAGCUGGCCCGAUCGUUCACAGCGAUCGUCUCUUCCCUUCUACAGCCCCAGCCCGAUUCCGGACGCCUCUCUCCCCAGCCCGGCGCGGAGCUGAUGGCCCAAGUUCGAGAAGCUUCCUUGCCCCCCGCCUCUUUGGUCCGCUGGAGCUCGGGAGGUAGGGGAGGAGCCUCCCCCGUGGAGGCGGCCGUGAAGGCAGGGGAGAUGGAGGAGGAGGCGGCGGCAGCGAGGGCGAUGAAGGCGUGCGCAGGCCAGGAAGCUGCGGAGGUGAAGCUGCAGCCAUUACCAGAGCGCAAACCCGCGCCUGAGAACUUGCCUUGGAGGAGCAGCAGCCGCGGCGAGGAGAAGGUGCUCCCUUCCGCCCCCCCGCGCUGGCUCAGCAGCUCCUCGCCCCUUGGCCCGCGCCGCAAGCCCCGCCCUCGGCCCCAGCCCUGGGCGCGCGCCCGUGGCCCGCCCGCGCUCUCGAUCCCACCCCCGCCCCCGGUCCAUCCUACCCCGCUGCCUCCCCGACCCCGGCCCUGGCGCAGACCUCGCCGCAGAUGCCGCCCAGCGGCAUCCAGGCCCCAGCUGCGGCAAAGCGGUCCUGGUGACUUAGGCAGCUCUGGGGAUCGAAGUGGCUUUGGGGACUGGCUGCUGGAGGUGGAGUUUGAUCAGGGUCCCACAGGCUGCUCUCACGUGGAGAGCUUUAAAGUAGCAAAGAACUGGCAGAAGAACCUCCGGUUGAUCUACCAGCGUUUCGUGUGGAGUGGGACCCCGGAGACCAGGAAGCGUAAGGCCAAGUCGUGCAUCUGUCAUGUAUGUAGCACCCAUAUGAACAGACUCCACUCUUGUCUCUCCUGUGUCUUUUUUGGGUGCUUUACUGAAAAACACAUUCAUAAACAUGCAGAAACAAAAGAGCACAACUUAGCUGUAGACCUCUAUCAUGGGGUUAUAUACUGCUUUAGGUGUAAGGAUUAUGUAUAUGACAAAGACAUAGAGCAGAUUGCCAAAGAGACCAAAGAGAAACUUGUGAAGUUACUGACUUCCACCUCAACAGAUGUUUCUCAGCAACAGGGUCUGGAAUCAGGUGUUGAAGAGAAGCGAUCCAGCUGUGAGUCAAAGGAACAGGAGCCCAAAUUGGUGAAACCCAAGAAAAAGAGGAGAAAAAAGUCCGUCUAUACUGUAGGCCUGAGAGGGCUAAUCAAUCUUGGGAACACCUGUUUUAUGAAUUGCAUUGUCCAGGCACUUACCCAUAUUCCUCUACUGAAAGAUUUCUUUCUCUCUGACAAGCACAAAUGUAUUAUGACGAGCCCCAGCUUAUGUCUUGUUUGUGAAAUGUCUUCGCUUUUUCACGCAAUGUACUCUGGGAGCCGGACUCCUCACAUUCCCUAUAAGUUACUGCACCUGAUAUGGAUCCAUGCAGAACACUUAGCAGGGUACAGGCAGCAGGAUGCCCAUGAGUUCCUUAUCGCGAUCUUAGAUGUGCUGCACAGACACAGCAAAGAUGAUAGUGUUGGGCAGGAGGCCAAUAACUUCAACUGCUGUAACUGCAUUAUAGACCAAAUUUUUACAGGUGGCUUGCAGUCAGAUGUCACCUGUCAAACUUGCCAUAGCGUCUCUACCACAAUAGACCCAUGCUGGGACAUCAGUUUGGACUUGCCUAGCUCUUGUGCCACAUUCAAUUCCCAGAGUCCAGACAGGGCUGACGGCGCAGUGAGUAGGAAUGACCACAUACCAGGCAUCCCCUCACUCACAGACUGCCUACAGUGGUUUACAAGGCCAGAGCACUUAGGAAGCGGUGCCAAAAUCAAAUGUAGCAGUUGCCAAAGCUACCAGGAAUCUACCAAACAGCUCACAAUGAAGAAAUUACCCAUUGUGGCCUGUUUUCAUCUAAAGCGGUUUGAACAUCUAGGCAAACAGAGACGAAAGAUUAAUACUUUUAUCUCCUUUCCCUUGGAGCUGGACAUGACUCCAUUUUUGGCCUCCACGAAAGAGAGCAGGAUGAAAGAUGGCCAGCCACCAACAGAUUGCGCGCCCAACGAGAAUAAGUAUUCCUUGUUUGCAGUGAUUAAUCACCAUGGAACUUUGGAAAGUGGACACUACACCAGCUUCAUCCGGCAACAGAAGGACCAGUGGUUCAGCUGUGAUGAUGCCGUCAUCACCAAGGCUACCAUUGAGGACUUACUCUACAGUGAAGGGUAUUUACUGUUCUAUCACAAACAGGGUCUAGAGAAAGACUAG